GGGAGAUCAAAAUUUUAGAAAAGACUUCAAUUUUUUUUUGAUAUUUGGGUUUGCGAGAAAGGGGAAAAACAUAAAAAAAAAAUUAGGGUUUUGAUUUUCCUUCUGCGUUUUGCCGUCGUCUUCUCUCUCUCUCUCAAUCUCUCUUGUGGAGGAGAAAAAUGAAAAGAAAUCUCUUGGCUUUGUUCUUGCUGCUUAAUUUAUUUGCGUUUUCGUUUUCUCGGAAACUUUUCUCCGAGAAUGCUUUUCACGAUGAAACCGUUCUUCUGGAGUUGAAGAGUAGUUUCUCUGAUCCAAAUGGUGUUCUCUCUAGCUGGGAUCCGAACAGCUCUAACCACUGUUCUUGGUUCGGUGUUUCCUGCAACUUCGAUUCUCGAGUCGUCUCUCUCAUUCUCAGAGGCUGCGAUGAACCUCAAGGUAGUCUUCAUCUCCCAGAUUCAUCUUCUUGUUCAAGUAGACUCGGUGGCGAAAUCUCUCCGGUGGUGGGAAAUCUCUCUGAAAUUAGGGUUUUGUCUCUUGCUUUUAACGAUCUUGGAGGUCAAAUACCAGAGGAGAUUUGGGGAUUGGAGAAAUUAGAGGUACUUGAUCUUCAAGGUAACACCUUUACUGGUGAAUCUCAUGGAAACAGGGUUUUGAAUCAAGGGCUUAAUCGCAUCUCGAAGGAUUUGAAUCCAGUUGAUGAAAAGCCUAAGCUUUGGAUUCAGAGGUUUCUUGCUAAUUUCGGAAAGUCGUUGAAGGUUUCUAGGUUUUCAAGUUUCUCAGGCAAUGCUGUUCGUGGAAUCGAGCUUAGGAAGCUCAUGAGUUUCAACGAAGAAGAAGACGGAGUGACUCCGAACUCAGACGAAUCUCCAGGUAAAACCGGGUUAUACCCGAUUGAGAUCGCUUCGAUUGUGUCGGCUUCGGUCAUAGUCUUCGUGCUUCUUGUCCUCGUCGUCUUGUUCUUCUACACGAGGAAAUGGAAACGAAACUCUCAGAUUCAAGUAGCAGAGACAAAGGAGAUCAAAGUGUUUGUUGACAUUGGUCUCCCUUUGACUUACGAGAGCAUCGUUAGAGCCACUGGUUACUUCUCUAACUCCAACUGUAUCGGUCACGGUGGCUUUGGUUCGACGUAUAAAGCAGAGGUGUCUCCAAACAAUGUCUUGGCUGUUAAAAGACUCUCUGUUGGUAGGUUUCAAGGUGAUCAACAGUUCCACGCAGAGAUCUCUGCUCUUGAAAUGGUUAGGCACCCGAAUCUCGUUAUGCUGAUUGGUUACCACGCGAGUGAAACCGAGAUGUUCCUCAUCUACAACUACUUAUCCGGUGGAAACCUCGAGGAUUUCAUCAAGGAGAGAUCAAAACCAGCUCUUGAGUGGAAGAUCCUUCACAAGAUUGCUCUCGAUGUAGCUCGUGCUCUGGCUUAUCUUCACGAGCACUGUUCUCCUAAAGUCUUGCACAGAGACAUCAAGCCGAGUAACAUACUCUUGGACAACAACUUCAACGCUUAUCUCUCUGAUUUCGGGCUCUCAAAGCUCUUGGGAACUUCGCAGUCUCAUGUCACAACAGGCGUGGCUGGAACGUUUGGUUAUGUUGCUCCUGAAUACGCAAUGACUUGCCGUGUCUCGGAGAAGGCAGAUGUUUAUAGUUACGGUAUUGUCAUCUUGGAGCUGAUAUCUGAUAAGCGAGCUCUGGAUCCUUCUUUCUCAUCGCACGAGAACGGGUUCAACAUUGUCUCGUGGGCACAUAUGAUGUUGAGUCAAGGCAAAGCCAAGGAAGUUUUCACAAAGGGACUAUGGGAGACUGGUCCGCAAGAUGAUCUUGUCGAGGUUCUGCAUUUAGCACUGAAAUGCACUGUUGAUAGCCUCUCUAUAAGACCAACGAUGAAACAAGCUGUAAAACUGCUGAAGCGAAUCCAACCUUCUAGAUUGUGAUUAGAAGAAGAACAAGUGUUGUCUUUUAGAGGAUUUGUACAGCAGCAAAAACAAGUGCGUAGACAUUAGAAGCUUUUUAUUAGCUUUUCCUUUUUUCAAGUUUGUUUCUUGUUUAUCAUCUACUCACCAUUUGCAUCAUCAAUGUUAAAAAACAGAUAAAAAUGUUGUUUCUCCAUUCUCUAUA